UCUUCCUUUUAGGAUAGUCCUUCUUUAUUUUCGAAUUCUAAUUACUCAAGUGCUAAAUCUUCAUUUGAUGGCGACAUAUUGGGUGGGUUAAACUUAAACAGCUCGAAUUCUACUAGCUCUGAUGAUAUUUUUGGGUCUUUUGGUUCUAAGUCUAAGCAGAGUGCACCAAUUGAUGACCUUUUUGGGAAUUUUGGUGCAAAAUCCAAGACUCAAAACCAGAAUAUAUCUGCUGGUUUUGAUGAUUUGAUACCAGGAUUUGGUUCAAGCAACUCAUCAAACAAAGGAGAACAUACAGGGAUGAAUAAAUCAACAUUCACCUUAACAGACGAUCCAUUUGUAGUGUUAGAAUCAACUUCAACUGCAACAAAAUCAAGUUUCACAGAUCCUCUGGAAGAAUUCAAUAAGCUGAGCCAUUCCAGAAGCACGAAAUCCACGGGGUCAUCAAAUUUCUCCCCCUCACUAAAGCCCCCUCCAAAACCAGGACAAGUUUUGAAAAGCGAAAAAGUUAAAGCUUCAGAUGUGUCUUCCAUCGAUGAACUUGAAGAUUUUGCUAUGGGUAGGGUGCGAAAUAAUGCUGGUGGACGUUCAGAUGUUCACUAUGCUAAGGAAGUAAGGGAUGGACAAACUGCAAAAGCAAGCAAAUAUAAAGAAGCUGAAGAUGCUGCAAAGAAGAAUCAGCAAAAGAGUGCAGAUGAUAUUGAAUCCUUUUUUAGCAUGGGUUCUCGAUCCACAAGUGCACCAAAGUCAAGGACUGCAACUUUGGACCCUUUAUUUGAUGCAAAGUCAAAUGGCAGAGGAGAGCCUGUAGUAACCCAGAAGAAGUCUAGCUUUGCCUCAUCUGGGAUAAGGAAGGCUUCUUCUACAACAAAUAUAAUUGAUGAUUUUAUGUUUGGAGAUGCCUCAUUAUUUGGAGAAUUUGAGGAAGUAGAAGGGGAAAGUGAAGAACGACGAAGAGCCAGAUUGGGACGUCACCAGAGGACUCAGGAUCGUGUGGCUAAAGCAGUUGCUGAUAUGAACCAGCGUGACCUUCAAACUCAACAUGAGCAAGAAGAGAGGCGUAGGAUUGCUGACAAUGUGGAUGCCCAUAUAAAGCGGUGGGCUGCAGGAAAAGAAGGCAACAUGCGAGCAUUGUUAUCGUCAUUGCAAUAUGUGCUUUGGCCUGAAUGUGGUUGGGAGCCAGUUUCGCUGACUGAUUUGAUUACUUCUAGCUCAGUGAAAAAGGUUUACAGAAAGGCAACAUUAUAUGUACAUCCUGAUAAGGUUCAACAGAAAGGUGCCAGUCUUGAACAAAAAUAUACUGCUGAGAAGGUCUUUGAUAUCCUCAAGGAAGCUUGGAACAAGUUCAACAAGGAGGAACUUUCUUAAAUAUCCUUAAUGGUUCAUCCUGUUGCCUAUUUGCGACACUCCAUUCGGUUGUCACAGAACUUCCAUUUUGGGGUGGAUGAUGCUUGUGCAGUUCCAUUCUGCAGGUUCAGGUGCAAUGCACUUCCAAUAUAACAUGAGUCUGUUGAUCUUAGCAGAGUGAUGAUCGGGAAAAGAUCUUUCUUGUUUGUGCAUGAUGUUGUAAAUUAAGCUUGUUUCUAAAAAGAAUUACUUGUUACAACACUAGUGGAAACCAUCCAUUCUUCAGGGAAAGUUAAAACUGCCAAAUACGUUGUGUUGAUGGUAAGAAUUUUUAUGCUCUCUGUGAUUUUUUAUUUUUUUAAAUCUAUACAGAGGGAGUUGGAGAUUUCUUUUCAUUUGUGAUAAUGGUGUUUUCUACCAACAUGUGGAAUAUUUCAUUUGUGAUAUUCUCCUGGAGUUCUCAUGGUUGCAGUUAAUGAUAAUUGAGUUGAAAAUUCCUGUUC